AUGUCUUACAAAGUGUACAUUCGUGAUUUGGCAGAUACGGAGGACCGUUCUACUCUCUCUGCUCGUAGUUCAUUGAUCAAUGUUCAAGGAGUCGUACCGACGACCAUCGCCUCAUUUGGAAAUGUUCCGAUUGUUUCUGCAAGUUCCACUUCGGUCGAUCAAUCAUCCUAUUUAUCGGCUUCAUCUGCGACGUCAUCUUCUACCAAUUUGUCAAUGAAAAGUCCCGUAACAAUGACCCAUAUUGAUCGUCUCUGUGAGGACAAUAUGGCUCGUAAGGAGAGAUCCAUGCUCAAUUUGAACGAGUUGAGUCAACAACUUGGAGAUGGUAACCAUCACCAAAAGCCAAUAACUCCAGUGAAAACUCCAUCAACUGUGUAUGAGAAUCUGAACAUCCUCAAGCCAACAGUGUCAUCCACCCCAAACCCAUCGAACGUCUACACCGAAGUUCAUCGCGAUUUCGAUAAAGUUGCUAAUUCGGAGGAAAAAGGAGACGAUGGAAAGUUCACUCUCUACAUUAAGGUCACUGAUUGCUUUGAUUGA